AUGAUUCAUGGUAUGGAGGAUAUUAAAAUUCAAGUGGUUAAUCAUUUCCAAUCUCUGCUUGGUUAUUCUGCCCCUCCCACUCACCACAUCUCUGACUUAGCUCCAUUUAUCUCCAAGGCUGUCCCCACCAAUAUGCACUUUUUCCUUGAGGAUCCACCAUCCAAUUUGGAGAUUCAAAGCUGUAUAUUGAAGCUUAAUAAGGAUAGAGCUCCGGGUCCAGAUGGCUAUAAUGCCUUAUUUUUACAAAAGUGUUGGAAUAUUGUGGGAAGGACUAUUAUCAAAGCAAUCUCAGAAUUCUUCAGGAAUGGAAAGCUCCUAGCAGAGGUCAACAAUACAUACAUUGCCUUGGUACCAAAAUGCCAGAAUCCAGCAUCUCUUCAUGACUAUAGGCCUAUCUCAUGUGUCAACACCAUCUACAAGUGUAUCUCAAAACUUCUUGCAACUAGGCUUCAAUCCACACUACCACUCCUCAUUGAUCAAGCCCAAUCUGCCUUUGUGCAUGGCAGAAAGAUUACAGACCCUAUACUACUAGCACAUGAGUUGCUAAGAGGGUAUCACAAGCAUGGCACUCCUGUAAGAUGUGCAAUCAAGGUGGACCUCAAGAAGGCCUUUGAUUCAAUGAAGUGGGACUUCAUUAUUAGUUGUCUCUCAUUGCAUAACUUCCCUCCCAAGUUUAUUUCAUUGAUUAAUGCUUGCAUCUCAUCUCCAUCUUUCACCAUUGCCUUGAAUGGUGAAUUCCAAGGGUAUUUCAAAGGGAAGAGGGGCCUAAGACAAGGUGAUCCCAUCUCCCCAUUCCAGUUUGUCUUAGUUAUGGAUGCUUUUUCUUCAAUUAUCACCAACUAUAAACGGUUCGUGGCCUUUCGUUAUUACUCCGUCACACAAGAUUUUGCAAGAGUUACAUUUGCCCUUGCUGCACUUCUGCGUCCUUCAUUUCAUCGCUUCCUUCGCUUUGUCAGCUGUUUAGCUAGCCGAAGUCCGGCAAGCAUCGCCUCGUACUCGGCCUCGUUAUUGGUAGAUGGGAAAUCUAGCAAAAUUGACUGCUGCAGCUUGGUACCCUCGGGUGUUAUGAUUUCAAUACUGGCCCCUGCUCUUUUCCGGUUGGAAGAACCAUCAACCCUUUCAGUCCUUAAGUCUGCACUUGAUCUCUUCUGUUCAAUGUCUGGACUUAACAUCAACCUAUCUAAAAGUGCAGUGUAUUUCUCAGGAGUUAAUGAUCACACUCAAUAUGAGAUCUCUUCUCUACUUGGCAUACAAGCAGCAACUCUCCCAGUGAAAUAUCUUGGAGUGCCCCUCAUCUCUACUAAUCUCAAAGCUCAGCAUUGCAGCUUACUGGUAAGCAGGAUUACCCACAGAGUUAUUAACUGGACAUCAAGGUCUCUAUCUUAUGCAGAAUUAAAGACUUCAGGUUCGAAGGUUGCUUGGCGCAAUGUAUGUUCUCCUAAACCUGCAGGGGGGUUGGGGAUCCCUAAUUUGGAAAUAGCUAACAAGGCUGGUAUUCUGAGAUUCAUCUGGGAUCUACAAACAGACAACUCCAACAGAUUAUGGGUUAAUUGGUGCCAUUCCCACCUCCUCAAAGCUAGGAACAUGUGGACUCUUAACUUCCCUCAGCCAUGUUCCUGGAGUUGGAGAAAAAUGCUGCAAUUAAGACAUACUGCAAAGGGUCUCAUCAAGCAUUCUAUUGGCAAUGGGGUUGACACUACUUUCUGGUGGGAUAACUGGGCUCCAGGGGGUCCUCUAUCCUUAAGGUUCCCAAGGUCACUAAUGUCUGACGGAGGUUUACAUGAAGAUAUAACUGUGGACAACUUCAUUACUAACAACAACUGGGCCUUUCCCAUCUUCCUCACUAAUGUUAUCCCAGAAUUGGCUAACCUUCCUGCACCUGAUUCAUCUACAAGGGACACCAAAAUGUGGAUUGCUUCUCCUACAGGACAGUACUCAUUCAGCCACACAAUUUCUCAUUUGGUAAGGGACCUCCCAAAUGUUCCAUGGUACAACCUUGUUUGGCAAUCCCCAACUAUUCCUAGAAUGAAGUUCAUCCUUUGGUUGACAGUCCAAUCCAAAUUGCCAACACUUGAUAGUGCAGCAUCCACACAGCUAUUAGGAGCUGGGGAUCUCUUGUUCAAUGGGCAAGUAUUCAAUGGAAAGCUAAUACCUCAGUCAAUCUGCUCAGGAAAUUGGGGUUUUCAGCUUUAG